CGGAGAAUGGACAAACAUCCGGUCGCGGGGCUCGAGGCGGCUCCUGACAGGAGAGGGCGGGGAUUCCUGUUGACUGGAAAAUUUGGGCCAAGAAUGGAAGCGCCUCGAGGGCGUUUCAUUCCCGUUCCCGCCAUUACCAAAGGCUCGUUGAAUGAAUCACUGCCCGUUCCCAGAGACUGAGGCCCCGCCUUGUUGCCAGAAAACAGUAGUUUUCUCGUCUGUAAAAUAAGCAGUUUGUUCCAGAGGCUUCUAGUAAGCGCCUGCCUGGUGUCAGCGGAGGGAGUCGGUCCGGCCCUGCCUCUCAGACUGCGGCCGGCUCUCCCGCGCAGGAGCAUGGAACUGAACGCGGGCGUCCCGGAAUCAUGAUCACCUACCAGUGAAUGGCCGAUUGGCGUUUUGUUUUCUGUUUUAUUCCUGGGAUCGGGUCCCUUCCUUGGGUGAAAAGGGGCAGCAAGUGGCAAAACGCUCAAGAAACCCGAGUAUUCCCAAGGCCUCUUAGAGCUUUCUCUUUGAGACCCGGGAGCCUCCCCGCUCAGUCCCGUCCCCCAAAGGUCUUUCCUUUCUCCUGCAGGUUGCUCUCGGGGACUACCGGAACCGCCUCGGAGGGAGCCCGGAGAAAUGCCGUACCUGGGCUCGGAGGAUGUGGUGAAGGAACUGAAGAAAGCUCUGUGUAACCCUCACAUUCAGGCGGACAGGCCUCGCUAUCGCAACGUCAUCCAGAGGGUGAUCAGGCAUAUGACUCAAGGGGUGGAUAUGUCCAGUAUCUUCAUGGAAAUGGUGAAAGCCAGCGCUACUGUGGACAUUGUGCAGAAGAAGCUAGUGUAUUUGUACAUGUGCACAUAUGCCCCCCUGAAACCGGACCUUGCCCUCCUGGCCAUCAAUACACUAUGCAAGGACUGCUCAGACCCCAACCCCAUGGUCCGAGGAUUGGCACUACGGAGCAUGUGUGGCCUCAGGAUGCCUGGAGUGCAAGAGUAUAUCCAGCAACCUAUUCUGAAUGGCCUUCGGGAUAAAGCCUCCUAUGUCAGAAGGGUGGCAGUUCUUGGCUGUGCAAAAAUGUAUAAUCUCCAUGGAGACUCUGAAGUGGAUGGUGCCCUAGUGAACGAAUUGUAUAGUCUCCUGCGGGACCAGGAUCCCAUUGUGGUGGUGAAUUGCCUGAGAGCUCUAGAAGAGAUUUUGAAACACGAGGGAGGCGUUGUUAUCAAUAAACCCAUUGCUCACCAUCUCUUAAAUCGAAUGCCAGACCUGGACCAGUGGGGUCAGGCUGAGGUGUUGGGCUUCCUUUUACGCUACCAACCCCGAAGUGAGGAGGAACUCUUUGCCAUUCUCAAUUUGUUGGACAGUUCUCUUCAGAGCAGCAGCCCAGCUGUAGUGAUGGCAGCCACCAAACUUUUCCUUGUUUUGGCAAAAGAAUUCCCCCACGUGCAGACAGAUGUUCUUGUUAGGGUCAAGGGGCCCUUGCUGACAGCCUGCUCCUCCGAGAGCAGGGAGCUCUGCUUUGCUGCUCUCUGCCACGUGCGACGGAUCUUGCGUAGUCUGCCUGGCCACUUCAGCAGCCACUACAAAAAGUUCUUCUGCUCCUACUCAGAGCCACAUUACAUCAAACUGCAGAAGGUGGAAGUACUGUGUGAGCUGGUGAAUGAUGAGAAUGUCCAGCAGGUGCUGGAGGAGCUUCGGGAUUACUGCACCGAUGUGUCGGCUGAUCUGGCACAGGCUGCCAUCUUUGCCAUAGGUGGCAUUGCCAGGACCUACACAGAUCAGUGUGUUCAGAUCCUAACAGAGCUGCUGGUGCUCAGGCAGGAGCACAUCACCUCAGCUGUGGUGCAGACUUUCCGAAACUUGGUUUGGCUUUGUCCACAGUGCACUGAGGCUGUGUGUCGGGCCCUACCUGGCUGUGAGGAGAACAUCCAGGAUAGUGAGGGAAAACAGGCCCUGAUCUGGCUCCUCGGAGUGCAUGGGGAGACAAUCCCAAAUGCUCCAUAUGUAUUGGAGGACUUUGUGGAAAGCGUGAAGGCAGAGACGUUUCCAGCAGUAAAGAUGGAGUUACUGACCGCACUGCUGCGCCUCUUUCUCUCCCGGCCUGCUGAGUGCCAGGACAUGCUGGGGCGCCUGCUGUACUACUGCAUAGAGGAAGAAAAGGAUAUGGCCGUCAGAGACCGAGGACUCUUCUACUAUCGCCUUCUCUUAACUGGCAUCGAUGAGGUGAAGCGAAUCCUUUGUAGCCCCAAGUCUGAUCCUUCUCUUGGGCUCCUGGAAGACCAAGCAGAAAGGCCUGUAAGCAGCUGGGUCUCUGAGUUCAACACUUUAGUGCCCAUGUACAGCAAAGCCUGCUGGGCGGCUAUCUCUUCACUUCAGGUGUCAGAGUCCCGGGGCCUUGAGGCCAUGGGCACUGGAGUCCUUUCUACAUCAGGAUCCUUAGUUUCGGAGAACAAAGAGGAACUUCAGCCUCUUUCUGACUCUGGAUCUUUCCUCCUGGUUCCUAAUGGCCAGCUGACUGCUGAGCAGUUUGAGAAAACUUGGCUAAGCCUGGAAGUGGCCCACCAAGAAGUUUUACCUUGGCAAGGAGUAGCCCAUCCUGACACCAUCCAGACAGCUCUGCAGAUGGUGAACAUCCAGCCCAUUGCCCUGAGCAAGGCUGGUGUCCAGCCCUGGAAGGCCUACCUCAGUGCGCAGGAUGGGGCAGGCUGCCUUUUCCUUACCGAGUUGUUAUUAGAUCCUGAGCACUCACAAGUGCACCUUUCAGUGAAGCAAAGCCAGGACAAGACAGAGGCCCUGAACAGCUUUAUUUCUGUAUUAAAAACUGUAAUUGGGACAAUUGUGGACAUAAAAUCUUGAUAGAAUCUUGCUACCUUUGUAAAGAGGCAUAAAUAAUGAUCCAAGUUCA